AUGGCCGAGAGAAAGAGGACCUGGAACAAGGAAGACGACCUGCCCGUGUAUCUGGCCAGGCCGGGCACCACGGCUCAGACCCCCCGGCAGAAAUACGGGGGCAUGUUCGCCUCGGUGGAGGGGGCCUACGAGAACAAAACCAUCGACUUCGAUGCCUACAGCGUGGGGAAGAAGGGCUCCCGGACCCCGCGCAGCGGCAGCAGACACGACAUGAUGCUGGAUGGGGGGGACAAUUACAGUGAGACCGCCAGCGAUGUCAGCGAGGUCUCCGGCUCCGUGAUCAGCUCCCCCGGGGACCGGGACGACAAGACCCCGGGCAUCGAGAUCAAAUACCCGACGGGGAAAGAGCUGCUGCAGGGCCAGGACAAUGGGAAGAGUGAUCGACUGCUCAUUAAAGGUGGAAGAAUUAUCAAUGAUGACUACUCCUUCUAUGCAGACAUAUACCUGGAAGAUGGACUGAUAAAACAAAUAGGAGAGAAUUUGAUUGUUCCUGGUGGAGUAAAGACCAUUGAGGCUAAUGGACGUAUGGUUAUCCCCGGGGGAAUCGAUGUCAACACUUACCUACAAAAGCCCUACCAAGGAAUGACCGCUGUUGAUGACUUCUAUCAAGGCACAAAAGCAGCUCUAGCAGGCGGUACCACCAUGAUCAUUGAUCACGUGGUCCCUGAAGCUGGGGUGAGUUUAUUGACCUCAUUUGAAAAGUGGCAUGAGGCAGCUGACACCAAAUCCUGUUGUGAUUACUCUCUCCAUGUGGAUAUCACUAACUGGUAUGAUGGGAUCCGAGAAGAGCUGGAUAUCCUGGUGCAAGAUAAAGGUGUUAAUUCUUUCCAAGUCUACAUGGCCUAUAAAGAUCUCUACCAAAUGUCCGACAGUCAGCUUUAUGAAGCUUUUACCUUUCUGAAAGGGCUUGGAGCUGUAAUCAUGGUCCAUGCUGAAAAUGGAGAUUUGAUAGCUCAGGAACAAAAACGUAUCCUGGAGAUGGGAAUCACAGGACCUGAGGGACAUGCCCUAAGCAGACCUGAGGAGCUUGAAGCGGAAGCUGUUUUCCGUGCCAUCACCAUCGCCAGUCGAAUCAACUGUCCAGUGUAUAUCACCAAGGUGAUGAGUAAGAGCGCGGCUGAUAUCAUUGCACUGGCUAGGAAGAAAGGUCCUCUAGUUUUUGGCGAGCCAAUCACUGCCAGCCUGGGGACAGAUGGGACACAUUAUUGGAGCAAAAACUGGGCCAAGGCUGCAGCCUUUGUGACCUCACCACCUCUGAGUCCUGAUCCCACCACACCAGAUCACUUGAACUCACUCUUAGCAUGUGGGGACCUGCAGGUGACGGGAAGUGGGCACUGUCCCUACAGCACCGCCCAGAAAGCCAUCGGAAAGGAUAACUUCACUAUGAUUCCUGAAGGAGUUAAUGGAAUCGAGGAAAGAAUGACUGUUGUCUGGGACAAGUCUGUCGCCAUAGGCAAAAUGGAUGAGAACCAGUUUGUUGCUGUUACCAGCACCAAUGCUGCCAAAAUCUUUAAUCUGUAUCCAAGGAAGGGCCGGAUUGCUGUGGGCUCAGAUGCUGAUGUUGUUAUCUGGGAUCCUGAUAAAGUGAAGACUAUUACAGCCAAAAGCCAUAAAUCGGCUGUUGAAUAUAACAUCUUUGAAGGAAUGGAAUGCCAUGGUGCUCCCCUGGUGGUAAUAAGCCAAGGAAAGAUUGUGUUUGAAGAUGGAAAUCUGCAUGUAAAUAAGGGAAUGGGCCGCUUCAUUCCUCGCAAACCUUUCCCUGAAUACCUUUACCAGCGCAUCAAAAUCAGGAAUAAGGUAACAGGAUUGCAAGGGGUGUCCAGAGGAAUGUAUGAUGGGCCAGUGUAUGAAGUCCCAGCUACGCCAAAAUAUGCAACUCCUGCACCUUCAGCUAAGUCCUCCCCUGCCAAAAAUCAGCCUCCACCAAUCAGAAAUCUCCACCAAUCUAAUUUCAGCUUAUCAGGUGCUCAGGUAGAUGACAACAACCCUCGUCGCACUGGACACCGUAUUGUUGCGCCCCCUGGUGGUCGCUCUAAUAUUACCAGUCUUGGCUGA